CGUGACCCAGCAAGAUGGCGACCCCAACGUAGAAUGGGAUGUGAGUCCAGGAGUUAAACCAAGAUUUGGAUCUGCUGGUUAAUUGUUAACCAUCACAUUUGGGUAAUCAAGAUGGCCCUAAAUGUUUUUGAUCAUGAUGAAUACAGGCCACCGGUGUGGAAGUCCUACUUGUACCAGCUCCAGCAGGAGGCUCCUCACCCACGACGACUCACCUGCACCUGUGAGGUGGAAAACCGACCUAAAUACUAUGGGAGAGAGUACCACGGGAUGAUCUCCAGAGAGGAUGCUGACCAGUUACUGAGUCAGGCCGAAGGCAGCUACCUCAUCAGGGAGAGUCAGCGGCAGCCGGGCACGUACACGCUGGCUCUGAGGUUUGGGAAUCAGACGAGAAACUUCCGUCUCUAUCAUGACGGGAAGCACUUUGUGGGUGAGAAAAGGUUUGAGUCCAUCCACGACCUGGUGACUGACGGCCUCAUCACUCUCUACAUCGAGACCAAGGCAGCGGAGUACAUCGCUAAGAUGACCAUAAACCCCAUCUACGAACACGUGGGCUACACCACCCUCAACCAGGAGCCUGCGCUGAAGAAGCUCCUGCCGCUCAGUCCGGAAGCCCCGGACGGACCCGCUCCAGCUAAAGUGGACGGCAACACGGAGGAGAGGCUCACAUCGCUGGUGCGCCGGGCCACCCUGAGGGAGAGCGACUUGGCGCCCAAGUACGAGAAGGUCCACAACUUCAAGGUUCAUACAUUCAGGGGUCCCCACUGGUGCGAGUACUGCGCUAACUUCAUGUGGGGUCUCAUCGCUCAGGGAGUGAAGUGUGCAGACUGCGGGCUGAAUGUUCACAAACAGUGCUCCAAAGUGGUUCCCAACGACUGCCAGCCGGACCUGCGGCACGUCAAAAAGGUGUACAGCUGCGACCUGACCACGCUGGUCAAAGCCCACAACACCAAGAGGCCGAUGGUGGUGGACAUGUGCAUUCAGGAGAUCGAGGCUAGAGGUCUGGAUUCAGAGGGCUUGUACCGGAUAUCGGGCUUCAGCGAGCUCAUAGAGGACGUCAAGCUGGCCUUUGACAGAGAUGGAGAGAAAGCAGAUAUUUCCUCAAAUGCUUAUGAGGACAUCAACAUCAUCACUGGAGCCCUGAAGCUUUACUUCCGAGAGCUGCCGAUUCCUCUCAUCUCGUAUGACGCCUACCCCCGCUUCAUGGAGGCUGCAAAAAUUACAGAUGCAGAAAAACGAAUGGAGUCUCUCCACGAGGCCUUAAAGUUGCUCCCCCCGGCUCACUGCGAGUCGCUGCGAUACCUCAUGGGCCAUCUCAAGAGAGUCACCCAGUGUGAAAAGGACAACCUGAUGUCCAGCGAAAACCUGGGCAUCGUGUUCGGCCCGACGCUGAUGAGGGCCCCCGAUCUGGACGCCAUGACGGCGCUCAACGAUAUCAGAUACCAGAGACUGGUGGUGGAGACGCUCAUUACCCACGAAGAUGUCUUGUUUUAAAAGGAGACGGGAGCCACUCUUCUAAUGAGCCAAAAGACUCAGGAGAUGCUUAAAAGCUUUGUCCUCUUGUAAAAAGAUGAAGGAAAAACACAGAUCAUAUCUUAGACUUGUAUCUUACUCUUUUGUUGAGGAGUGGUUAAAAAUGGGGAAAUGAAGGAUGGGGAUAUUUGCACGAAACUGAUGAAGAAAAAACAUUGAAGAAGGAAUGGCUUUGGGAGAAGAAAAGGAUGAAAGGAUGCAGUGUUUCCCUGCUUUUUUUCUUGUAAAUUUCAACAAACUGUCAAAAAUUUGUGACUGAAAUUCUGAGCCCUACUUGACAGUCUGUGUCAGGGAAACACUGUGAGAUCCAGGUUUAUGUUCCCUUCUUUUCCUUCUUUCUCAAAUGAACACCUUGACAUAUUGAGCUUCAGUUUUCUUCAUAGCAGAAAAGAACGAUUCGUCUUUUGUGUUUGAAUGAAAAGGCCAACAAAGUGUAGUUGCAGUGCAGGAGAACAGGAGAGCUGUUACGAUGUGGCUCACGUUGUUGGCGUUUCUCACCAGCAGGGUUUAAAGAGAAGAUCAGUGCUCAAACUAACUUUUAUCUCUCUGAUGUUCUUGGUAAGAAAUGCCUGUCUUUUUCAGAAGUUGUCAAGGUGUCCAUUUUUAUCAUUCCUCUCUAAAAGAAGCAGCUCUAGCUUCAUAACAGUAGACAGCAGGAUGAAUGAAAUGAAAAAGAGACUCACCCACAGCACGAUCUCAUUCCUCAUGAAUGGAUCUUAAGUGAUUUGGACCUAUUGUAUUUUUAUUUUUUAAAUCUGCAGCACCCUCUUUUGCUCCACAAGCGAACUAACUACACAGAAU